GUGUGUGUGUGUGUGUGUGUGCGCGUGCGAGGGAGCGAGUGAGUGUGUGUGUGUAUAUGUAUGUGUGUGAGUGGGGGGGGGGAAUAGAGACAGCUUGCAUCUCUCAUCCUGUGCUCUCCGGAUCCCAGCUUGCUGUUUGCUGGGGAGGAGAGGGAGGAAACACAUCUUGCUCCCUGCAAAACGGCUUUAUUUAUUUUUGGGACGAAGCUCCAGCCUUUCCCCCAGGGUGGGGAGAGCUCCAAACAGCAAAUUCUGAUCCGAACAAGGGAGCUCAGCUGCAGCCUCAGAAGCGCGAGAGGAGGGGAAAUCGGCCUUCCUCGGACCAGGACUGACCCCAGAACUGCCAGAGACAGGGGGGGUCGUCUGGCUGUAUCCCUGUCCUCCUCCUUCCCCCCUCCCCCCACCACGAUAUUUUUCUCCUUCUCGCUUUCAUGCUCAUCCCCACAUGAAGGGAAGACUCCCUGCGGACAGCAUGGCAUGAUCCCGGAGCCGGCGCGUGAGAGUGAGUGUGGAAGAUGUCGAACCAGAGCGACGGCAACACCAAGGCCCCAUGCUUGCCCCGGAAUGGCUUGGUAAAGCUUGCCAGCCAGCCCAACGGCCUCAGCUCUGCCAGCAUCACCAAAGGGACCCCAGCUGUGAAGAACCGACUCUGCCAGCUGCCCCCUGUGCCUGCCCUCACCAGCCCAGCCUUCCCAGUGCCCACCGAAAGACCCCUGCCCAGCCUGGCGUCCCCCCUCUCUUUAGCUGCCUUGGCAGGGGGGCCAUGCCCCACCUCCGAGCCCCUUACAGCUGGACUGUCCUCUGGUGAGAACCCAGGCCAGGUUCCUGCAUCUCCCACAGAGAGGCAGCCCCUGGCUGUGGAUGAGAAGAUCCUCAAUGGCCUCUUCUGCUACUUCUCAGCCUGUGAGAAGUGCGUGCUGGCCCAGGUGUGCAAAGCCUGGAGGAGGGUGCUCUACCAACCCAAGUUCUGGGUGGGCCUCACCCCAGUCCUGCAUGCCAAGGAGCUAUACAAUGUGCUUCCUGGUGGGGAGAAGGAAUUUGUGAACUUGCAGGGUUUUGCCACUCGUGGCUUUGAUGGCUUCUGCCUUGUUGGUGUCUCGGACCUGGACAUUUGUGAAUUCAUUGACAACUAUUCCCUGUCAAAGAAGGGUGUCAAGUCCAUGAGCCUCAAGCGUUCUACUAUCACUGACGCUGGAUUGGAGGUAAUGCUAGAACAAAUGCAAGGGGUAGUUCGUCUGGAGCUGUCUGGUUGCAACGACUUCACAGAGGCAGGAUUGUGGUCCAGCCUCAAUGCCCGAAUCACAUCAUUGAGCGUUAGCGACUGCAUCAAUGUGGCGGACGACGCCAUUGCCGCCAUCUCCCAGCUGCUGCCCAACCUGGCUGAGCUGAGCCUGCAAGCGUACCACGUCACGGACACAGCCCUGGCCUACUUCACGGCCAAGCAGGGCUACACCACCCACACCCUGCGGCUGCACUCCUGCUGGGAGAUCACCAACCAUGGCGUGGUCAACAUGGUGCACAGCCUGCCCAACCUGACUUCCCUCAGUCUCUCUGGCUGUUCAAAAGUAACAGAUGAUGGGGUGGAGCUUGUGGCUGAGAACCUACGAAAGCUCCGCAGCCUUGACUUGUCCUGGUGCCCCCGGAUUACUGACAUGGCCCUGGAGUAUAUUGCUUGUGAUCUGCACAAACUCGAGGAGCUUGUGCUCGACAGGUGUGUUCGAAUCACAGACACUGGGCUCAGCUACCUGUCCACCAUGUCUUCGCUCCGAAGCCUCUACCUACGAUGGUGCUGUCAGGUGCAGGACUUUGGGCUGAAACACCUCCUGGCCAUGAGGAGUUUGCGCCUCCUCUCUCUCGCAGGCUGUCCCCUGCUGACCACCACGGGGCUCUCUGGCCUGGUGCAGUUGCAGGAACUGGAAGAGCUGGAACUGACCAACUGCCCUGGAGCCACCCCUGAGCUCUUCAAGUAUUUCUCCCAGCACCUACCCCGAUGCCUGGUCAUAGAGUAGGGGCCAGGCCGGGUUUGGCCCCAUCCACCUUGGGACUUGACCCCUCUUGCCCCACUCAGCUUCCUCCCUUCUCCAUUCAGUUUCAUUGUCCCACAGGGACCUGGGUCGUACUUCACACAGGACCUAGAAGUCCUAGGGACCCAGCCUAGCUCUUCCCCCUCUCCACUAUUGCUCUGCCCUCACCAUCCUCUGCGUCAAUUUGCCAACUAACUCAAGCCAGGAAUAGCUAAGGGGGAAAGGGGGAGGGCAGAUGGCUACCCUGUUCCAGGCCAGCAGAAGGAGCAAUAGGGAGGAGGCAUGGACGUUGAUCCUUCCUCUUGAGUAGGCUAAGAAGGCUAGGCAGCCACACAAGCUGGGGCCUUGCUUCCCACAUUCACACAUCGUGCUACUCAGAUGCUCAGGAGCAACUUGAUCAUCCCCCUACUGCCUUCUUACUCCCAAUGCUCUCAGCUGCUUCUGUCCCUACAUACCUGGGGUAGGACAGAGGCAGCUUGGGGAUACUAUCCUAUGUGGUAGUACAGCAUCUAUCCUUGGUGGUCCUAGAGAAUCGUAGGAUCACAAUUUUAGAGCCGGAAGGCGAAGAUUCCUGCUUUUGAACCUACACAUACGUUUGCACACGUGUACACACACACACACACACACACACACACACACACACACACACAAAAUCUAGGCUCAGAGUCAUCAGUUUUCUCUAGACCCAAAUUCUGACAGCAGCCUUGAGGCUCAUACCCAGGGUCCCUUUCAACUGUUCUCCCACCGUUAAACCCUCCACACACACACACACACACACACACACACACACACAGUACACCCUGAAGCCUCAGGCCUUCCAGCUAAACCAGUGGGUGCUGGGCAUGGUACCAUUUGUCAUGGAGGGCUGCUGGACAGAGCCUAUCCCCAGGACCCCUGAGUGGGUAGAUAAAUGGCAGAAAUGGGGGAUAGAUUAGGACAGAGGCUCUGAGUUCCUAGAGCAGGGAAGGCAUAAUACUUUGGGGGAAGUGGGGUAAGAGAAAUGACCAUCCACUUUCUCUAUCCUCCAUCUAGAAUGCUGUUUCCCAAGUGGUAGGCUCAUCCUGUCCUUCAGAGAGAAGGAACCCCUCCCCUUCCUUGACUAUGAGCACAUACACAUACAUGGGUACAUAUGUGCAUGCCCCUCUGUGCCCUGCUCUGCACGCCUGCCCACAAUCAUGUUCACCCAUGCACAAAUCCUGUCCCACCCACCCUAGCUCAGGCAGCUCUAUCCCAUUACCCCCUAGACAGCUGGCCAGGGCAGCCCCCUUGGAUCCCGGUCCUGGGUGGAGGUCAAAUGGAAAUAGACCCUUAAUGAAGGCUAGCUUUGUUUCAAAAGGUACUGAAAAGACUCCUUGCUCUAGGUCUCUGUUCCCCAGGGUAAGAGUAAUACCCAGAGAGUUCAAGGCAAAGCCCACAGCUCUUAUUUCUUCCCAUCUUUUCCCCUCUAGCUUCCUGCCUCCUUUCAUUCCUCUCCUUUUUCUUCCUUGUUCUCAGAUUCAGCUGUCUCCUCUAGCUCUCUUGUCCCCCACUGGGCCCAUUUCCAAAGUGAGGCCAAGAGCUUGGCAUGUCCAGCAUGUCCAGCAUGUGUUGCUGGGGGCAGGGAAGGGACUCACCUAGGUUUUGCUUUUGAACAGAGACAUUUAGUUUUUGUUCCCAAACCCUAGUACCUUCCCCAAAUCUUCAGUGCGGGGGAGAGGUAUUGUUUUCUCCUCAUGGGGAAACUGAGGUACAGUACCACCAGGCAAUCUGAAUGAUGUUGUAUUAAGCAUAGAAUGAAGCUAAGGGUCUCACUUUUACUCCCACCCCAGAUGGUUCUGCUGUUCCAUAACCACUGUGAGGUCUGGGGUAAGCCAAGGAUGUGAUAGAGGGGAAUGUUCAGGGUCUUCCCUUCAGGUCCUGAUUCUUCACCCUCCUUGUUUCAGGGAGUCCCUAUUGACUCAGGCCAAAUUCACCCUCCCUCACUCUGGGUACAGCAUUUAGAGCCAUGGCCUGAGGCAGGACUGCAAGACCGCAGAUAAACAUUGACAUUCCCUGCCAUUGGAAUCUUCUUCCUUAUGGUGAGGGUGGGGAGAAGAGGGAAGAAUAUUGGAGGAGAAAGAGUCCUGAAAAUCUAAGGAUCACCUCUGGGCGUUGCUAGAGGAAACCUGGAAAUGGAAGAUGUGGGUAGGGAUGGUUUUGAAUGGAUGCCUAUUCCUGGGAUUGGGUAUUGUAGCCCCAGAUGGGCUCAGAUAUCUGUCCAGCUAAGGCUCUCUCUUCCUGGUCUCAACCCAUUCCACUGUUGAUAUGGUUCCUUCCCUCCCCCUUAUCUGGAUCUCUAAUACACAUAGAUGAGACAGACAUGUGCUGAGCAUUGUCUCCCUCUUCCUUCACUCCCUGCCCCCUGGGACAGGAGCCAUCAAACUGGGGAUGGUCACUGGGGCUUAGAGCUAUACCUCUCCCCUCCACCUGCUCCCCUCCCUUCCUGGGAAGAAGCUUCCAUUGGGUUCCCCAAAUAUAGCUAUGGGUGCUGGAAUAAGCUCUCUCUGUCCACCAAGCUUCCAAAAACCCUCCCUGCUCUGAGGGCCAAUGGGACAGGCAUGGGUUUUUUCAGCUCUGCAACCCAAUCUUUAAUGUCUUCAUGCUUUGGGGUUUGGGAAUCAUUUAUACCCUACCCUGCCCAGGCUGGGACCCUGACCCCAUAAGCCCCCAAAGACAACUCCAACCAGCAACUCUGAUCUUCCACAGCAUCAUGGUGGGGAAGUGGGCUUCUUUAUUGGCCACCCCUGACCCAACUUCUUCCCCCCCACCCCCACUCCACCCACCCCAGAUGGUCUCUGAUGAUGGCCGCAUAAGAUCCUAAACCAUUUGGAAGUCCUGGAUUCUGGAAUCGAAAGCUGGCACCAGCCUAGCAAGACAGCUGAGGAGGGGAAAUUGGGUCCCUUCCUAUUCCAAACAGGAGAUCCCCAGGAGACACCGCUCCCCCUCAUCUCAUCCUGGGACAGACACCAUCCUGGGAGCGAAGAAAUUAUUUCUGAUUGGAAGAGACGAACCUAUCCCUAAAGCUUCACACAUCCCCCCCUCCCCCACCCCACUCCUCACCCCACAGAGAGAAAAAGAAAGAGAGAGAGAGAGAGAGAGAGAGAGAGAGAGAGAGAGAGAGAGAGAGAGAAAGAGAGAGAGAGAGAGAGACUGUUGGAGUGAAACAGAGAAAUGAUUUGACAGCCCAAAGAUUUUUCCUGUACCCUCGGAGCCAGACCAUCUGGCCCGGGGCUCCGGGCUGACUUGGUUCUAAGCCAGUUUUCUCAAACCCCCUCCUCUGCUUUGUGCCCCCUGGGGUCAGGGAGGGGAAUGGGAGAGGUGUUCAUUGGUCCAAAGUAUUAAAGUAACUGAAGCUGUGAUAUUUCCAACUACUGUAGGAGGAAAAUAAAAGGGGGAUAGGAAAAAAAAAAACCAACCCUGAAAACCAUUUUCUUACUGUACAUAACAACCUCAUUCUCCUGUAUAUGCGGAAGAUAUAACCUUAUAUUUGGUAAGUGUUUCUUGUGCUAUUUUAUCACGUGACCUGUUUAUAAAAAUAUAUAUUAAAAAAGUUGC